AUGUUCGGUAAACUUAUCUACAUCCAGCAACGCGUAUCUAGUCGGAUACUGCUGUUGCAGAAGCUCCUUCAACUUCCGAGCGUUAAACAACAGAGUAAUGAGCUUAUUGGCGACUACAUUGGUAGACUACGAGAAGGUGUUAUGGAGGGUAAAUGUAUUGGCCUUACGAUUACACAGGAUGAGAUCUUGGAUAAGUUCGUUAAGGGUCUGAAGCCCAAUUACCAGAAAGCGGUCAAGGCCACCUACUCUCACAUAAGAGAUGUAAACGAGUUGUGCUCUGUACUUAGUCUUUGGGAGAAUGCAAAUAUUGACUCUUCAGUGAAUGCUGUUGCUGAUGAAGCAGGAGAUCUUGGAGCUACGGUAUCACCGCCGACGAUUAAUGCUACGUUGGAGGUGGCGAAGAACUCUUCAUCUGAGGUGAAAGGAGAGAGACCCACUCGAUCUAGAGGGCCUCUCAGGUGCUGGCAUUGUAGUGGUCCACAUCUACGCCGUAAUUGUCCCGUGCUGAGGUCAAUGAUACCUUCUGCUACACCAUCACUGUCACAGCCGAUGGCGAAUACAGAGUCGGGACAGUGCAAGGAUCCUGCUGCUACUUCCAGUAAGGAGGUUGAGAAGGAUGGUGCUAAGAUUCCCUCUCAGAUUGGUGUAAGUUCUCAAAGCAAGAGCUUUGAGAAAUUAACUGUCGUUAAUGAUGUUCUGGCCCUUGCAGGAGGCAGUGCUUGUACUGUAAGGUUGGUGAUUCGUCAAGUGGAGGGAUUACCUGGCUAUGCUGCCAGACUUCCAGCUCUACUUGAUACUGGUGGCCAUGGAUCUGCUUAUAUAAAUGCAAAUGUGUUCAAGGAUAUGGUCAAAGAAGAAAUACUUGAUGGCCAUCUUGAUCCAUGUGGUAAUGUGACUUGUGGUAAUAGAGAUUAUGCUCGAGUUUUGGGUGCUUUUAGUGUGAACAUUGAGGACGAGGUCAAGCAUGUAAUUGUGGAUGAUGUUGAGGUCAAAGUUAUUGAGGGGCUGUCGCCGGAUUUUAUAAUAGGCAUUGAGACUAUCAAGCGCUCAGUGGAUCUGAAGCGGAAGCUGAUAGAAUGUCUUGGUGAUGAACCCGGUAUGAGCUCUGGUUUGGCCCAGAUUGCAUUGCCUGAUGGGAAUGGUGAUAAGCUUGAUGUUCUGCAUCCUCUCGAUGUAAGGGACAAGUGCUCCAUUCAUCAGAGUGAGUCAGGGUUUACUGUCUCGUGUCCUGCCCUCAGUGGUAUCUCGGUGAUGCCAUUCACUGAGCCCAGGCGGAAGCGUAACCGCACUCGAGAGAUAGCGAUCCACCGAAGGCUCUGUAUUGCAGCUAGUGAGAAUAAAUUUCGAGCGGCAACUGUCAGGGAGGCUAUGGUGAUCAACGAGGUAGUCUUGGUUGAUAAGAAGGCCGGCUCUAAGGACUCAUUGCUGAUUCAGUCCGAUAUCUGCUCGAUGAGUGAUGAACAGAUUAAGGCCCGUUUAAGAGUGACCUUGGUUCUCAGAAGACUUGCUAUGCAACUGUUUCCGAAGUUGGCUCCUGAUAAAUCUGGUGGCUAUGUGUGGAUUAUGAAGUCUGACGUAACGUCAAUUAUAUCUUGGAAUAUACAUCCCAGUGAUCAUCUUGAAGUACGAGGUUAUUAUGAAAGACGGCAUAGAAUAAUAUUGGAAGCUUUGAGGAAGUUCGUCCUCAGUGUUGGUGGCUCAGACUGGUAUGAUGAGUUGGUCUUGGAGCAAGUUAAGUGGCUGGUGAAUCAUGGUGAAAUCGGUCAGAGUGGCAUUUGUCCUGCCUUGUUAUUUUAUGGUCGCACCUUGCCAGUUCCUUGUAUGAAGGGUGCUGAUGAUUCAUUGGUAUUAUCAAGGCAGUAUUAUGCAGUUGGUGGGAAUCGGCGAAAACUUCUCGGUGUAUUCGUUAAGGAGUGGCUUCUCCAGCGAGAACGGUCGCUGCCAGUGAUCGAGUAUGAGAGCAACCUCAAGCUCGCUUUGGAAAGUCCUCCUAACCCCGGAGAUGUUGAAGUUGUUGCCGAUGUACCCCAGGACGAAGAGGAGAUAUGA